AUGGAUUGUGAGAAUGAUUGUUCAGAGAACAUCAAUGUAACUGAACUUCCAACAAUAACACCGUGGAAUCACUCUUCAGCAAAUGCUCCUCCUUGUGAUCAAGAAUCAUCACAUCCAAUAUUUUCAAACAGAGGCAUGGAUAAUAGCAAAAUUUCCUCCGGCGGCUGCGGCAGAUUUAAUGGAGACCUUCAUUGUUCUUCAAUAAAUCCUCUUUCCGUUCACGAAUCAGAUCCAAGUUUCCCAAACAGAGGCAUGAACAACAUGGAUGGAUUCCAUGGAGCAAGUUAUGACCUUCAUUCUUUUUCAGCAAAUGCUCCUCUGCCGCGACAAGAAUCAGAUCUAAUUUUCCCAACCGGAGGCAUGAUGAACAGCAACAUGUGUGGCGGCGGCGGAUUCAACCGAGCAAGUGACCUUCUCUUGGUGGUGUCAAUGUACGCAGAGCCAACAAAGUCGGAAAUCAUAGCUCUUGCUAAGUCCGCGAUGGAUGAAUUGUCGAAAAUAGCCCUGGAAGGGCAGCCUUUGUGGGUCCCGCAGAAGGACAAGAAGUUCGAAACGCUUAACGAUAUCGAGUACUUGAGGCAGUUCGGUGAGGUUCAAGAAAUUGAAUCGAUGAAGGAGAUUAUGAAGCUUGUUGAGGUUGGACAAGAAGAGUCUUCUUCUUCCCAGUACUUGUUGCCAACGGUUGACUCGUUUCGAAGGGAGCUUGUUCCGUUAUCUCUCAGUGGAAAUCAAUGGUCCAAAGCAUUCGACAAUAUUGUCACUAGGGCAGCGGUGCUAGGAAACUUAUCAAAUGGAGCGGAAGAAAGUUAUGAUGGGAAAGUGCAAGUGAUGUUCGCAGAAUAUCAUUUGCCUACACCAUUUGUGCCAGCAAGGGAGUGCUAUUUUGCAAGGUACUGCAAGCAAUUACCUUAUGAAAUGUGGGGUGUUGUUGAUGUAUCCCUUGAGAAGCAUUUUCCAUCUCUAGCAACCAAUUUCCGAAGAAGACCAUCAGGCUGCUUGAUUAGGCCAAUGCCAGACGGAUUCUCUAAGGUUAUAUGGGUGGAGCAUGUGGAAGCAGACCAUAGCCAACUGAGCAACCAUUUCCGGCCACUAGUAACAACGGGUUUGGGUUUUGGUGCAACUCGUUGGAUUAAUUCUAUAGUUAGGCACACUGAAUCAUCUAAAAUUAUGGAGGCUAAAUCAGCUCCAAUUUAUGUGGAUUAUGGAGUUAUAAUACCACAAGCUGGAAGGACAAGUUUCCUUAACCUGGCAGACAGACUUGUGAGAAGCUUUUGUGGUGAUAUCAAUGCUUCAAUGACGAAUCAAUGGAUGCCAUUAAUAUCUUCAGAAUCUGAUUCUUCAGAUGUGAGGGUGAUGAUCAGGAAUAACAUUGAGGAUCCUGGGAAACCUAUUGCUACAACUGUGGUGUUUAGCACUUGUCUUUGGCUUAACGUCUCACCAUCACGGUUGUUCAAUUUCUUGCGUCACGAGGAUUCAAGAAACAAGUGGGAUUUACUUUCACGUAAUCUUACAAUUCGGGAAUUUGCAUAUAUGAACAAAGGCACAAAUCCAGGGAAUCGUGUUUCCUUAAUGCGAGCAAUGAAAUCUGAAGACAAGAUUGAGAUCUUUUACAUUCAAGAGAGCUACACAGACACAACAGGAUCCUAUAUUGUUUAUGCUCCACUAGACGAAUUUGCUUUGUCAUCUCUUGCAAAUGGAGCAAACCCUAACAAUGUAAUGGUCCUUCCAUCAGGAUUUUCUAUCCUUCCUUGUGGGUUCCCUAGUGAUUAUAUUGAUGAGAAGGGUGAAGGUGGAAGCAUUUUAACUAUUGCGUUUCAUACAAUUGAGAGUCACAACAUUAAACAAUUUUUUUCUCUUGAAUCAGUUAUUGUCAUGAAAAAGAUUAUUUCAGAGACUGUCACCAAUAUAAAAGAUGCUGUGUUGUAUAAUAAUUACACUAACAAUUGGCAGUAUAACUGAUAAUUCAGGUAGACUGUGUUUGCAUUAAAUAACUGUUGGGAUCAUUGUUUGUAUUGUACUAUUUAGUUUAAUAUUUAAUGGAAUUGUUGUGUUUUUUU